UCAGCGCCGCGCCUCGAGAAGCCGCCGCGACGCGACGCCGGCCGCGAUGGGCGAAUAAUCGAACGAGCGCGAGAGAGCCGGACGUAGAUGUCCUCCGCGAUGCUCGCGCCGGCGGCGUUCGCGCCGGCGCGCGCGAUGAUGUCGCGCGGGCGAAGCGAGCGGCGGCGACGGGCUGUCGUCGUCGCGUCCGAUGAUGGCACCACGACCGGCGACGCGUCACGAAAGCGAAACGACGACCGCGCGUCCUCGUCCGCGUCCGCGUCGACGUCCGCGCCGCCGUCGCUGCCCGCGUUCCUCUCCGCGCUCGGGCUGAUGCGUCGGGCUGUCCUCGCGGGCGGUUCCGCGCGCGCUGCCCUGGACGCGGUCACCGGGAACGCCCCCGGCGUCGCCGCGAAGGGCACCAUCGUCAACGUCCUCGAAGACAUCACCGGGAAGAGCGUCUCCGUCGGGACGCUGAGACUGUACCCCGACGGCGUCGUCUUGCGCGGCCUCAAGAUAGGCGACGACGUCCGCGUCGCGAAGCUCGUCGUCCGCGCGCGCGCGGAGCCCCUUCUGAAGGUUGUCCGCGAGUGGAACGGGAAGGAUGGUGAAAACGGCGGCGGCGGCGGCGGCGCGGACGGUCGCGCGACGCCAACGACGCGCCUCGGACGGACGCCGAAACCGAAACCGAAACCGAAACCGCCGCUUCUCAUCGACUCCAUCCGCAUCAAAGGCUUACGAAGCGACAACACGACGUGGAGAGGCGUUCGAACCGCGUUCGACCUCUUCGCGCACGCGCCCGGCGCGGUGCUCAUCUCGAAACUCAUCCUCUACGACGCGCGCGCGGACAUCACGCCGCACGCGUCCUACGAAGGCCAGCUCGCGCCCCCUCGCGCGCGCGCGCUGCGUCUCGCGACGCUCGAGAUGCGCGACGUGGACAGCCGCGUGCCCGCGGCGAAGCUCGCGGGGAGCGUCGCGCGCAUCGUGGAGAUGGGAGAGGGCGGAGGACGCGUCACCCGGGGGAGCGGCACGGUGAUAUCCCCGCGUCGUCCGCCGCCGCCGCCCCGCGCCCCGCCCUCCAUCUCCACUCGCGCGCCCUCCCCGCGCCGCCGCCCCGCGGCGAACCGCGACCCGUUCGAGGCGAUCCGCGCGGUCGCGCCGCCGUCGCUGAUGCGCGUCGUCGACGAGGCGAUAACCCCCGAGGCGCUCGCCGUCGUCAACGCGUCGCAGGCGGCGUUUGAAUCCCUCGCGCCGCUCGUCGCCGCCGACGCGGCCGCCGCGGCGGCUCGAGCGGUCGAGAUCGCGCGCGGCGCGAGCACCGGCGAGAUGGCGUUGGACGCGGGCGUCGUCGCCGCGCUCCUCGCCGCGGGGCUGCCGCGGCGGUUCCUCGCGGACGGCGGCGCGCUCCUCGUGAAGCUCAUCGAGAGCGGCGUCGCCGUCGUUCUUCUCGAGCGCGCGGACGUGCUUCGGGUGCUCGUGGAGCGGCGGCUGUUAGAGCGGCUGCUCGACCUCGACCUCAUGGACGCGCUGUUGGACCGCCCGGAGCUGACGAAGGCGAUGUUUCGGUCGGGGGUGGUGAAGGGGGUGCUGAGCAACGGGGUGUUGGAGGCGCUGUUGAAGACGCGGAGCACGGAGAUCGCGACCAAGGUGUUACGCGGGGAGAUGCUCGAGGUGCUCAUGGACACCGGGUUGCUGCCGGAGAUGAUGACGUUUCGGGGGGGGGUGGACCGACCGGACUGGACGCCGCCGACGGGGAGCGUGGACUGGGAGGCGUCGAUCGACUGGCAGUAG